GGUAUAUUUAAGCGCCUUAUCUGCAGUCACACUACUUCUUAAAAUAAUAUUUCGCAUUUUCCUGUUGUCACAUUUAAUAUUAUAUUUCCCGAAUAUUAAGGAAAAUUUGAUGCUAAGAUGGCUAGCACAUCUCGCGCUGCUAGAAGCCAAAAUGGGAACCUAUGGGAGCCAGACGGCUCGCAGCCCAUUACUGAAAUAGACGACAAAGUGCGCGGAAUUUUGAACUAUAUCCUGGAUCACUCGGCGGAAAAGAUUCCCAUCAAGGAAAAGGACAUACUCGCCACUGUUGGAGACAAAAGGGAUCUGGUACGCCGCCUGCCACUGGUGGGUAAUUUGCUGGCCAGAAAAUUUGGCAUAAUAUUGAAACCGAUCGAUGCCUCCGGGAAGACGUUUAUUUGCACUGCGGAGACACCGAUGGCCUCCAUUCACGAACUGACUCCUGCCCAGCGGCCACAGUAUACGCUUCUAUAUCUCAUCCUCAUGUACAUCUUUUUGCGCGGCAACCGCAUCGAAGACACGAAACUGUACGGCAUGCUGGAGAUGCUGAACAUCGUUGUCGAUGAGGAACAUGGAUACUUUGGACCCAACAUUCGGAAGCUGAUCGAGGAGACUUUCGUUAAGCAGCAGUACCUGAAGCGAGAACGCUCCCAGCUGAGUGCCUACGACGACGCCAAGGUCUACUUCCUCUGGGGCUUGCGGUCUAAAGCCGAGUUCUCUUACGAACAAGUCGUCCAGUUUGCGUCCAGACUUUUCAAUCAGAAUCCUAUUAACUUCGACUCCCACCUAAAGAUGGCCAAAGAUCUGGACAACCAGGAGGAUUAAAAGUAAAUCCAAUAAAAAAUGUAUAUAUUAUAGCUGUUUAAUGAUUCGUUAAAUAAGUAAAACAAAAAACAUUUUAUAAAUUAAAAACUAUAUUUAAUGAUAAAAA